CAGCACCCAUCAACCCAACUCUUUCCAGCCGCCAAUACUCAUCAGCUACUGCAGAUGACACCUUCUGGAUGCCGAUGGCCUCUCACAUGCUUGGAAGGGUCUCUGUCGGAACCUCAGCACUGCGGCCUCAAUCGGAGUCGAGCGCCGCAUUCCACCCUACCUUCUGUUAGAGUAAGAACACCUCACUCCGAGCACAUUCACACAUCUCUAUCAAUCCAAAGGCUAUAGCUGUGACUCCGAGGGAAUUACUUGCAGCAAGCUCAGGCGCCUAGCUAAGCUCGAUGAGCACUUCUCAUGGCUGAGAUAGAUGUAAUCCCUGGUGAACAUGUCUUCUCCCGCAAAUUCCGAAAGGCUCUGCUCACUGGCCUCAAUAUCGCCGCUGUCGCAGCGCGGAACGCUUUCAGAGAGUGUGCAUCCACGCACUAGCACCAUCUCUCGUGAGGUGGGUCGACUUGGUGGCCGAGCCCACCUUUCCCUAAGCACGACGGACUCGCGUUUCACGCGUACUCCACAGACCUCUCCCAAGCUCUACUGGCUCUACGGGAGCCGCUUUACACGAGUUAUCCCAUCUCCUGCCGCAUCUCAAGCACUCCCGAUCUCACCGGAGUCGUAUUUCACACGUUCUCCUCCUGAUCCACCAACGAAAAUGCCUGCUUCACUGAGAAGGUCAACCAAGGCAAAGUCCAGAGCUCUGGCCGAGCUGGACGUAAACACGGCUCGAAUGCCAACGAGAGAGCCACUCAGGAAGCGCAGAAAGACCACUCCGUCCCCGGUUGAAGCUGAGCUCUCGGAGGCCGGCGAAGACGAGACCUAUCGACAAGAUGCAGAGCACCCGGAAUCCGACGAUGACGAUGAUCUGAUUCAAGAUCUUGACACUGAAGAAGUACAAGAGCUUACUGCACCGCCAAGAUACGUGAACCUGCUGGAGCAGAGAGAGCUUGUUCACCUUAAGCCACUAUGUGACAUGCCCGAACCGAAGACCCGUGUACAUCUCAGUCGUAACGACCUCAGUGCAUUCAAAGUAAUCAAGAUAGCAUCAGGUGUCCCAUUCGACCUUCCAAGUCAGCGACGUAUUCUCUAUGGACUCAUGGAAGACUCAAUUGCUCAGCAUUCCAUGUCCAACAACCGGCCCAUGAACCUCAGCAUCAUACAAGAUCGCAUUGAGCACCAUUACUACAAGGAGAUGGACGAGAUGUUGCUGGAUGUCGUUGCCAUCGUGGACGACUUUUCCCUGCCCUCAGAGGCACCCAGACCGAUUCUCUGCUUUAGCUCUACGAGAAACUCCUGA